AUGCCGUCGGCCGCGGCCCGUCGGAUAUACGAGGACCAAAUACCAUCAUUCAUGUCAGUCUUUGAUCUCGACGCAGAGACCAUGGCCGACCGCGAAACCGUUACACUUGUCGACCCUAGCAGGCUGGCCGGGAUGGAGCCCAAGGCGCCUGCCGCCCUGGAUCCGCCAGCACAGCCAGGCCUCGGCCUGAAUGCGAUGCCGUCGGAGGCAGCCCACAAGCAUCACGACAGCACGUCAACACAAAUGUCGGAAUCGACAGACUCCUCACCCACCACGACGCUCUCGACCACGGACUCGUCGCCGCUAUCCGACCCAUCGCCCUCGUCAUCCCCCGAUUCUCCCAUUAAUUUAAUACCACUGGGUAACUAUCCGUCUACCACCUUCGGAUGUCAUGUUCCCCAUGGCACCAUGCUCAGCAUUCCUGAGGCAAGCACGUUGGAGCGUCCCAUGACGUCGCCCGCCCCUCGUCGGCCUCGCAAUAUGAAGGGCUUGUCUAUCCAACCCCCUGCGUCUCUGACGGUUGCCUCGAGGACCUUGGCUACCGAGCCGUCCUCUCCUUCAUUCACCUUUAUCAAGCCCAAGAUUCCGACCAUGAAGCGGAAGCCGAGUCAGCUCAGCCUCAAGACAAGCACUUCGGAUCUGAUGACCAAGACAUCAACGGAGAUGCCGGCAUCUCCAGCAAUGCCUCCAAUUCUACAUCGCCGAGCCCUCAAGCACUCGACGUCUUCGCCCCACAUGCUUGCAGGCCUCAAAUCCUCCACCUUCGGGCCACCGGGCGGAAUGAUGUUUCCCAAAGUGCUAGAACGCAAUGAAUCAGGCUUAUCGAAGGUUCUGCGCCCUAUGAAGCCCGCCGAGGAUGUUGAAAUGGAUACGGUCGUGUCCGAGACCGAGUCGCCGAUCAAGACCCAGCUCGCCCAUCGAGCCGACCACGAGCCCCACGACGGCAGCGUCAACAACGAGGAUCAGAAGUCGCCAGGAUACUCGGACGGCCCCGUGGCUAUCUAUGGCGACGAUGUCUUUCUCUAUAUGGAGCCGACGGCGGAGGAGGCAUCGCGAUUCGACGUCGUCAUCAACGUGGCCCGCGAGGUUAAGAACCCGUUUGACGUUGUGCAGUCAACUCAACAAGCCUUUGCUUGGCUUGGUCAGUCUCUGCAAACCUCGCCUCCAGGAGAAAGUCCCAUACCCGAUACAGGCCUCACCACGGCUAGCUUUGCGACGGCCUUUGAGUUCCCGCCGCUCGACGACAAGCCGUCAGAGACGCCCACUACUCCCAAAGCGCACACUUUUAGGGCCCCCGAAUACAUCCACAUUCCGUGGGACCACAACACGAACAUUGCGCCCGAUCUGAUGCGUCUGUGUGAAACAAUCGAGAGCCGAACAAGAGAGGGCAAGAAGGUGCUCGUUCAUUGUCAGCAAGGAGCCAGUCGAUCGGCGAGUCUCAUCAUCGCCUACGGCUUGUACCGAAACCCCGACCUGAGCCUCAAUGAUGCCUACUACGCGGCGCAAGCCAAAAGUCGCUGGAUCAGCCCGAAUAUGAAGCUCAUGUACGCGUUACAGGACUUUCACAAGGAAUUGACCGAAAAGCGAUUGCAGCCGACGUCUGCGUAUCGACCGAGGACGAGCCGUAGCCCAACCAAACACAGGCUCACGCUCUCGGUCGACGCUGCCGAGAUGGCGUCCAAGGAGCCCCGAACUGCUCCCCUACCAGGUGAGAGCGAUCGCGCCGGCAACGACGGCUCGGAGCACAGCCCGCAGCGCACCCGGGGCGGCUUGACGGCUGAGGCCAAUAUUCUGUCCUCGGGUCCGGCCUCAGCACCGCUAACCUGUACGUGGAGGGAUCAAGUGCAGGAGAAGCCCCUUCAGCCAGUCACCAGUUUGAAGCUAGAUGAGCUGCCUCAGCGGCCAAAGUGGGAUGCGACAAGCUUUGGACCGUGCUCGAUCAUGCCCGACGCACCACAGGAAAGUACGACAAGUCAAGCGGACCAAGCCCCUGUCUUGUUUUCUGGCCUUGACUCAUCGAGCCCGGAUCGAGCCGAAUCUGAGAACACGGGAUCUGAAGGAGACGAAAGCCUCGAGAGGACGGUGAUUGUGGUAUCAGCGUGUUCUGAUGAUGAGGCUCUCAUGUCACCUCGAGCUGAAACCAUGACCAACAACCCCCUUCACGGCUUUACCCGUGUUGCUGGGAUGCGGUUCGUCGAGUCGCCUGCGACGCCUACGGCGGGCCUCUUUUCUCCUAGGGACGUCAUGUUCCCUCGAGAUCCUUUCUCAUACUUUGGACGGCCUUCGAGUUUCGGACGGCCCCCUCAAGUAGCCGACCCACGGAGUCCACCAAUGCGGGGCGAGGCGCCGAUCAUUCGCUCAAUUGACGACAUGAUAUGA